CGCUCCGGGUCCAUAUUUGGUCCAACUGUGAGAGGGUGAACACACUGCUGUGUGCUCCUAAGGAUUAUAUCGACAUUUGGAUUAUCAAAAGCCUCAUCUUCCUCCCUCUGCUGUGUUUUCGUCGAUUUUGGAUUUACCUACUGAUGAGAAUUUGUGGGAAUAGAGUAUUGUGGAGCGGCGGCUGAGGACAGGAUGGCAGCUGCGUGCGUCCGGUGAUGUCGCAGGAUGGCGGCAGCCAAGGCGGGGGCGGCGCGGGCGGCUGUGAGGGGUCGGGCGCCGCCAGCAGCCCCCAGGGUAGCGCCAUCACCCUGGCCGUACCCCGGCCAGACCACCAGCGCACCACUAACCUCUACGUGGACACACCCUUCAAACACCGCGUGGCGCCCCGGCCGCGCCCCACGCACCACCACUCCAGCACUCCCACCUCGCGAUCCCACCUCGACCUCGCGCUCGUGCACGGCGCACCUGCGCGCUCCAGCGGCAAGCGGCCUGCCAAGCUCACAUCUUCUCACUCGAGCGUGACCGCGGUGCCCGUUAAGGGCAGCACUAGUGGAAGCACGACACUGCAGCAGGCGCAGCAGCAGCAACAGCCGGCUGGAUCCCGCACACCAGUCAUCAGCAAACAGCCGGCGGCCAUAACCUUUACUAAGGGCGGGCGGGAGGAUGCUGAUGGCGAGUCCAUCAUCUGCUCAUGGUGUGGGCGGUGUCGCUGUGAGGCGUGCACCCGGCCGCGGCCCCCGCCUGCGGCCUGGCUCUGCCGCAACAAGUGCCUCUGCUCGCCUGCAGCCGCAGUCGACUAUGCGUCAUGUUUGUGCUGUGUUAAAGGCGUGCUUUACCACUGCGGUAAAGACGGCGAGGCCGGCCUUGCCGCAGCCGCAGAUCACCCGUGUUCGUGCGGGGGACCGCAUGCGGUACUGGGGUGGGCGUGCCUAGCCCUGGCCUCCAUACCCUUGCCCUGCCUCCUCUGCUACUGGCCGCUAACAGGGGCGCGCCGCCUCCUGGAGAUGACCUACCAGCGCUGCACCAGCCACGGGUGUCGGUGUCCCCAGGGGCGGCCGCCACGCCUCCAGCCGCCGCCGCCACCGCCACCGCCGGAGAAGCGGCCGUUGCACGACUGCGCGUGAGGCGCAGAGAGCCGCAGGUCACCCUCUCAAGCUUUAAUACCCCGGGGCCAGGGUGGCCGGCCCGUGCCCUCCCCAUACCCGCCAGGAGGGCGGCCUCAGGGGCACGUCGCUGGUGGCGUGGGCGCGCGCUCUCCCCCUAGUCACGGGCGUCGCGGGCCACAGCCGGUGGGCGUCUCGGGCCACAGCCGGUGGGCGUCGCGGGCCACAGCCGGUGGGCGUCGCGGGCCACAGCCGGUGGGCGUCGCGGGCCACAGCCGGUGGGCGUCGCGGGCCACAGCCGGUGGGCGUCGCGGGCCACAGCCGGUGGGCGUCGCGGGCCACAGCCGGUGGGCGUCUCGGGCCACAGCCGGUGGGCGUCGUGGGCCACAGCCGGUGGGCGUCGUGGGCCACAGCCGGUGGGCGUCGCGGGCCACAGCCGGUGGGCGCCGCGGGCCACAGCCGGUGUCAGCGGCCACAUUCAGGGAUCAAGGCCGUGGGCAGCAGGUGGGGCAGCCGCCACGACGGACACGCCCACACAUCAUUAUUAAUUUAUUCAACAGUUUAUCAUGGUGUUACUUUUGGGCGGGGGAGGGCGUGUGUUGGGCGGGUAGCAACAGCCGCCCUCAGUUACGGUGGGCAGAGUGGGUGGGGAAUGGUGUGCUGAACGCCACUCCUGGCCCGCCCUCGCUUCCCCGCCCAUUGGUGGUGCUGCUGCGCCUUCUGCUGCUGGCGUGGCCAGUGUUGGUGCUCCCCUCGACCACAGCCCCAACACCACCCCUUCCCCAGGGGCUCCACCAGGGUGACUGCGAGUGGGCCACCCCAGUACCUUCAAAGUGGGCCACCCCAGUACCUUCAAAGUGGGCCACCCCAGUACCUUCUAGUGGGCCACCCCAGUACCUUCUAGUGGGCCACCCCAGUACCUUCUAGUCGAUCAGUUAAUGUUGUUGUGCGGAUGUUUUUGCGACGAAAAGAACGCCCGACAUGGCUU